AUGAUAUUUCGACGAAGAGGAAAAAACAAGAGGGUCGUUCGGGGAUCCGGCGGGAUUCUCACCCCCCCCCCCCCCCCCCCCCCCCCCGCCCCCAAACCCCCCGCAUCCUCCUCGUCUCACGGCCACCGGGCCCCGACGCGAUGCGCCGAGAGGAAAGCGCACUCCCUCCCCCCCGCCGCGCCCCCGCCCCCGCACCACCGUGUUGUGUUUCGUACCUGCGCGUGCGCCGCGAUGCGCACCUCCGCCUCUCCUCGCCGCGGAAACGGGCAGGUAGAGCCGCCAGCGCGCCUCUCGCGCCCCGCCUCGCCCGCUCAGUGUGCGCGCUUGCUCGCCGCCGGUGGUAGUGUGCGCAGUGCGCGGACGCACGCGCCCCGAACGAGAUGCGCCGAGCGUCGCGACUGUGAAGUGCCCACCGCCAGUGUGGACCGCCCGACGUACGACAUGUCCUGCGAAAGGAGAACAAAGGCCGCGCGUUUCCUCGAUCUGCGACAAGGCCCCAUAUCUCUACACGGCUGCGCAAAAGACAAUGUCCUGCCGGGUAUCGUUGCUCGUAUUGUGAAGGACAAGUCAGUGCCCUCGGCGGGCUGUGUCGGCUACGAUGCUGGUGAAUGCCUGCGCCCUGGUGGAAUGCAGGCGGUAGGGCAAGAGUGGCUAAUGCGCAGAUGUGGGGCGCUCCCCGCCUCGCCCCGCGGCCUUGAAAGGCUCUUGACCAGGCCACCGGCGCCGACGUCGCAUUUAUUGCAACCUCCGCGAUCCGUACCGACGAGGUUAUUGACGCCACGCACCGCGACUAUUCUCUUUUUUUCCCUCUCAUGGAAAAAAGACCACAGAUCCCCCACCCCCCCCCCUAAGAAGGCAGCCAACCUUCUCCUUGGUGCGAUUCUCACGUCGCUCCUAUUCUCAACGAGCGACCACAAUGCCCAUUACGUCACUGCACGGCUAGUUUCCGCCUUCAAACUU